AUGCGCGCGGAUCGUGCCGCGCUGUACGCGUGGCUCGUCUGCUGCGCCGCCGCGUUACCCUCGCACAAGUACAGCACACGCGUCGUGCGUACCAAGUACGGACCGCUGCGUGGCAUUGUGGUCCAUUCGCACCCACAAGUCGAAGCGUACCUUGGCGUACCGUAUGCCACACCACCACUUGGAAGCCUCAGGUACAUGCCGCCAGUAACGCCAUCACAGUGGCGCACGACGCGACUAGCGGACACAAUGGGGCCAGCUUGCCCGCAAGUUCCUCCUGCAGCUUCGCCUCACGACGAUGCGUUGCUAAUAUACCCACGCGCAAGGAUCCGACAACUUGAACAUUUAUUGCCAAUACUAGUUAAUCAGAGUGAGGACUGCCUCUACGUCAACCUUUAUGUACCUACUAACGGUGCUGAAGAAGGAAAUGAAGGUGAAAGCCUACCUUGUCUAGUUUUUGUACACGGAGAAUCGUAUGAAUGGAGUUCAGGGAAUGCCUACGAUGGCACAACGCUCGCAGCACAUGGGAAUAUCAUCGUAGUUACAAUCAACUUUAGACUAGGAGUUUUGGGUUUUUUAAAGACUGGUGCUAAAGGGUCAGCACAGGGUAAUUUCGGUCUAAUGGACUUAGUGGCAGGUCUACAUUGGUUGCGAGAAAACCUGCCUGCGUUCGGUGGAAAUCCUGAGCGUGUCACUCUUAUGGGUCACGGUACCGGUGCAGCACUCGCAAAUUUUCUCGCAGUAUCACCAGUUGCUAGAGAACUACUAAAGCGAGUCAUCUUGUUAAGCGGGUCGGGCUUGAGCUCUUGGGCGCUGCAGAGGGAGCCUCUUACGAUAAAAAGAAAGGUAGCAGAGCAGACGGGAUGUCACGGAGAUUUGUUGGAAGAUGACUUGGCGCCUUGUCUUCGGAAACUGCCUCUUUCUCAACUAUUAGCGGUGCGGCUAGACCCACCUCGCUUUUUAGCUGGUUUUGCACCUUUUGUUGAUGGAACUGUUAUUGCUCCUCCGCCGACGGAUAGUUCAAGGCUUGGUGCGGGGGCCGCGGCUGUAGCGACUGCUGCCGGCCACGAGCUAGCGGAUUUUCCUCACAGGGAGCUUUUAUUUGGAUUGACAACCACAGAAUCUUAUUUGGAAUUCAACGCUCAAGACUUAGAGUUCGGUUUCAAUGAAAGUCGACGGGACCGCAUUCUACGUACAUUUGUUCGUAACGCAUACUAUUAUCACCUAAAUGAAAUUUAUUCUACAUUAAAAAAUGAGUAUACGGAUUGGGACAAACCUGUACAAAAUCCUUUAAGUGUCCGAGACGCUACUCUCGAGAUUCUUAGUGACGGUCGGACAGCCGCUCCCUUAAUACGUCUCGGAUAUUUACAUGCUCUUAGAGGUGGCAAAACUUAUUUCACCCAUUUUCACCAUUUAUCUCAAGAUAAGGACUAUCCGCAGCGUCCGGGAUCCGUGCAUGGCGAGGAAUUACCAUAUUACUUGGGCGUACCAUUGUCUAUAUCUCAUCAUCAACAGAACUUUACACAGCUAGAACAACGGGUCUCAAGGAUUUGCAUGCAUUAUAUCUCCAAUUUUGUAAGGCACGGUAAUCCCAACGAUCCCUCGGCGACACCACCACCCAGUAACUUGUUAGGUGAAACACCACAUCUUGGACCUGACCAAAUGCUUUAUUGGGACACGUAUGAUACUAUUAAUCAACUCUAUAUGGAAAUUAGUAAUAAACCAGAAAUGCGAAAUCAUUAUCGAGGUCACAAAAUGUCACUAUGGCUGUCACUUAUACCGCAACUUCAUCGCCCUGGCUCUGAUUUGCCUGAUGCUGCAAUGCGACAUCAUCACUUUCAAGAUGAUAAUGCUAAUUACUAUGAAGGCGCUGUAAGACCACAAUCAAUGUCGAGGGCUCAUGUUCCGCAUGUUGUAAAUAUCGACGACGGUGCACGCGGAGAAGGUCGCAGUACACUUUCUCCUCAUUCUGCACUUCCCAAACCCUCACCAGUGCCACCUGUGAUAUCUACUGAGUGCCCUCCUAAUGCCACUGUUACGCCAAUGCAACCAGACGAUGCACUUCUUCGCCGUCUAGCUUCUUCUCAUUAUCAGUCUUAUACAGCAGCUCUCACUGUUACCAUUGCUGUGGGCUGUUUCCUCUUGCUACUAAAUGUACUUAUAUUUGCUGGUAUUUAUCAUCAACGAGGUUCACGACCCAGACGCUCAAAAGAUGAUUUAGGCGAAGCAGGAAGCUCAUCGUCCUCAGAUAAUUACGAUGGGAAACUGGACUACGAAAUACGUGCUUAUGAUGGAAAGGGGUUCGGUUUUGAGUGCAAAUCAGCUCACGUGUCUCGAAGUUUAAGUUCCAAAUAUGAUUUACGGACGUUAUCAGAUUGUGGAGAGCCGACGUUCGGUGAAUAUAGCUGUUACGACGAAAAACAUCGUGCUGCUCGUAAUUCUCUACCAGACGUUAGUGUAGGAAGUGCGAUAGAAGCGGGAAGUGUUGUUUGUAUAGAUACGCAAAAACCGGACAUACAAAAAGUAGAAGGACGAUUACAAGAUGUGAUUGGACGAACCAGUACUUUUGAACCCCGUGUCGUAGAUAGCUCGACACAAGUAAAGUUUGGUCCAAUUCUAGAUUCAGAGACUACUUCUGAAGCUAACGGUGAUUCUGAAACCGGACCUGCUGGAAGUUCAAGCAUAUUGAGGGUACCACCUACAAAUUCUACGCCUAUGCCACCGGGAAUUAUGAAAAAAAGGGUACAGAUACAAGAAAUAUCUGUAUGA